GUAAAUCUCACGUGGAGAACGGGGACGCGAACUACACCACGGUGCCAGGGCCCCCUUUCAAGGAGGUGUGGCAGGUUAACCUUCGACCCCGAGGCCUGGGCCACACGCGGAACAUGAGUGGCAUCUACCGGCUCUGCCUGACGGACAAGACGGUCAACCUGGUCAAGCUGAACUCUGAGGCCGCGGCCGUGGUGCUGCAGCUGAUGAACAUCCGUCGGUGCGGGCACUCUGAGAACUUUUUCUUUGUGGAGGUGGGCCGCUCAGCGGUGACCGGGCCCGGCGAGUUCUGGAUGCAGGUGGACGACUCGGUGCUGGCCCAGAACAUGCACGAAACCAUCCUGGAGGCCAUGAAGGCCAUGAGUGAGGAGUUCCGGCUGCGCAGCAAGAGCCAGUCCUCGGGCACCAACCCCAUCUCGGUGCCACCGCGCCGGCACCACCCGCCCCCCAGCCGGAUGGGCUUGGUCGCGAGGCGGGGGGCGCCCACCUCACCCGGGCAGGGUCCUGGCUCGACCCGGGCGCGGACCCCCGGCGACGGCGCUGCCUCCUCGCGCCCACCCUCAGCCGAUGAGGCCCCCUGCAGCCCCCCGCCCGGCCAGGGAACGCCCGGGGCCCGCCCUCUGCCUCCCCCACCCCCGUCCCGCUCGACCCCUGACCUGGCCUCCAGCCCCCUCGGCCUCCCCCGCGGGGGCUUCUCCUCUUCCUCCUCGCUGCCCUCCUCCUCCUCUGACGGCGAGGGGUACGGGUCCAGCCCCGGCUCGCCAGGAGGAGGAGGAGGAAGGCCGCUUCACGACUACGUGGCCAUGGGCGGCCUAGGGCAGCGCCAACCACAGUGCCAGCUGCGGAGGAGGCCCAGCAGCCGAGGAGGGGAGGACGAGGAGGAGGAGGAGGCUGACAGGGGUUUGAGUAUUCGGGCCUGGUCAGGCAGGCUUCGCCCCGAGCUCCCGGAAACAGGGCGCGGUCAGGGCACCGAUCAGGGCUACGUGGCCAUGCUGCCCAACGUGGCAGCGCCCAGUGACGAUGACUACAUGGCCAUGACCCCCAAAGGCCCUUUGGCCCCUCACCAGGUCGAGAGCCCGGCGGGGGGCUAUGUGCUGAUGUCGCCCAGCGGGAGCUGCUCCCCUGACUGGGCCCGGCCCCCGGGGGGUGGCAGCCCGGGAGGAGACUACAUGAACAUGUCACCGGCCAGCACCCCCCCGUCCUGCCACCAACGCUGCCCGGCCAGGCCUCACCAGGAGGGCUGUACCCCACCAGACCCCCGAUCUCCCCACUGCUACCAUUCCCUGCCCCGCUCCUACAAGCAGCUGGAUCCGGCUCUGUCUGCCUCCUCGGAGCGCCGUGCUCCCCCCUCCCCUUCCGCCCCUUCAGGCCGCCUCAUCCUCCCCUCCUCCUCCUCCCCCUCAGCCCCCUCCUCCCCCUCAGCAUGCCUCGCCCCCCCCUCCUCCUUCUCGACCGGCAGCAGUGAGAGCUUGACGGAGGCUGAAAGUGGGAAGCCCCUCGCCCACCGCCAGCCCGCAACCCCCGUCGACCCGGUGAGAGCCAGCACCCUGCCCCGGCGGAGGGAGAGCUCGCUGGCUACUGAGCCCCAGAGCCCGGGGGAGUACGUCAGCAUCGAGUUCCGAGACCCACAGUGUAGCUCCCGCUCCCCGAGAGGGCCCUGGGUGAGCCCCUCCGAGUACGUCAACGUCGGCUUUGGUCCCCGGGCCCGUCCUCCUCCUCCCCUCGGCCCGGGGAGGGUGGGCAGCCCGGUUCCCGGUGACACAGCCUGCCCCCCGGUGGCGUCGUUGCCUGAAGGAGCCCGGGACUCUGCCAGGGGGUUGGAUCGGGGGGUCCAGGGAAUUUGUGCCGAGCUCCAGGGGCGCAGGCGUCAUUGCUCUGAGACCUUCCCAAGCGCCCCUUGUGCGCCUGGACCCUCGGAGGCCUGCUCCCACCACUCCGGGCGCCGCGGCUCGGCCUCCUUGGAGAGCACCAACGGUGGGGAUUCAGCCGUGGGGGCUCCGCGCCCCGGGAUGUCGCGCCACAUGUCUGUCGGCUUCGAGAACGGCCUGAAUUACAUCGAUCUGGACUUGGGGACGGACAGCACCUGCGUUGACACGCCCACCUUGCAGUCGAGACUUCACACGCCGACCGGCUCCUUGAACACCUACGCCAGCAUUGAUUUUCACAAAUCUGAAGGACUGAAAAGCCAUAAAAGUAACAAAGACGGUGAGUGUUCUCCGCGUUACCUGGUUUGUGCCAGUCAGUCUUGUCCGUUGUAGUUCCUAGUGAGGGCG